AUAUUCAAUGCGCCAACCUCAUCACUUUGCGUCUUUGCCCCUCUCUCUCUGUUUCUAUGAGUGUGUAUAUGUAUAUAUAAGCUAUGUCAAGCUAGCUAGCACAACUAACAAUCUCAAGCUUAAUCAUCGAUCACCUACAACCAGCACUUCCCCUGCUUCUAUUCUCAAUGUGCUCUCUCGCAUUUCUGUCAAGGCUUCUUAAAUUUUGAUCUCAAAGCCUUCAAAUUAACAAUCAUUAUUAUCCACCCACAUUUUAUUAUAAUCUUAUUGUUGUAUACAUUAUUACACUUUUUUUUUUUUGAAAGGAAUUAGAUAUGGAUCGAGUAGCCAAGUUGGCGUCCCAGAAGGCAGUAGUGAUCUUCAGCAAAAGUUCCUGCUGCAUGUGCCAUGCAAUCAAGAGGUUGUUCUAUGAACAAGGGGUGAGCCCUGCAAUUUAUGAGCUUGAUGAGGAUUCAAGAGGGAGGGAAAUGGAAUGGGCUCUUAUGAGGUUAGGAUGCAACCCCUCAGUCCCUGCAGUGUUCAUUGGGGGCAAAUUUGUAGGCUCUGCUAACACUAUCAUGACUCUUCACCUUAAUGGUUCCCUGAAGAAAUUGCUCAGGGAAGCUGGAGCUAUUUGGCUUUAGUACCAAUCAAUCAACCCGUUCCAUUGCUUACUGUUAUUAUACGUAUAACUGAGUUUAAUAAGGCUAACUCAGCUCUGUUUUCCUUUGUUCUUUUUUUCACAUCUGGCGGCUGUAUGGAGACUAUAAUUGUAUGCAAAAUAGUCUUUAGAGUCUGUAUCGAUCCCAAUGCGAGUGUAUUUACAUAUGAAUAUAUAUACAAGUUUUGACUAAACACUUCUGUAAUGUUUUAAUCCUUGGAAAUUUGUAAACAAGGAAG